AUGGAAGCCGCAGAAAGCAAUGCAAGCGACGGGGCGCGAGCCAUGAACGACUCACGCGGCUUCGUGCUUGCGACGAGCGAUGAAGCACAAACCACGGACGGCACGCUUGGCUUCAUGCCUGCGGCGACAGAUCCGAGGGAGCCGACCGAUGAUACUGGAUCAUCGACAGCGGCGCGAGCUCGUAUCUCGUCAACGACAAGUCGUUGA